UGUUUAUCCUGAACUUCUAACCUGCCUAGUAGGUCCUCGAGUAAUCAGCCGUUUCAAUCACUACCUACCUAAUAUCUCCCGCCGUACAUGCUACCUAUACCCCGCUCUCAUAAAGGGUUUCAAUUUAUUCAUAGGACAAUCAAUCACUGUGAAACGCUUUUUGUGCUGUUGAUUUUCUACCCUUUUCCUUUUCGCCGUGUCAUGAUCUUAUGUUUUCUUCUCUCGAAUUCCAAUUGCAAUCCCAAUUCCAAUCCAGUUCCACUUCGAUAUCAAUCUGCGGGAUAUCCAUCUUCUCUGUGCUUCACUCACAUUCCACAGCAACUAUAUUAAAAUCGCUGGACCCGUUUGGAAUUUGGAAUCUGGGCGUGGAAUACGAGUAAUUAAUCCAUCAUCUUGGAAGAAGGCUAGGUAGGUACUUAUUUUACUACUACUGUACCCUCCUUGACUGCCUCAUAUUUUACCUAAUCUAUGAAAAUCCCUUCACAGCUACCUACAUAUUUGUACUAACCCCAGCUCUCGGCUUCAGAAGUCAAUCAUAACUAACACACCCGAUUCAGUUGCGACCAUAACUCAGUCAGCUCCGCAUCAAAACCCAAUCCCAACCCCCUUCCCGCCUGAUCUUACCUACCUACAGUUUCUCUUUCACCUGGUAUUAUGGUUCAUAUUUCCAUCAUAUUAUACCAUACUAUACCAUUAAUCUUGAAAGAUUGAAUCCAUCUCCAAAUCAUUCGACCUCGUACGGAGCUAUCCAAACCGUCUGAUCGUCCACCGUACGAGUUUCCGUCAAUCAAUUAGAACAAGGGCCUUGUCACGUAUUGCUACCCCAAAACGAAAACAACACACGAUAAAGUCAAGUUGAACGGCCUUGUAAGGGCAUCUUCAACGCUUGAAUAAGCAAAUUUCAAUUCAUACACAACAAGUCAACUAUUCUUUACAAGAGAUCGUCGAAGACUUUGAGAUCUAUUCGAGUUUCAUCACGAAUCAGUGCGGGGUUGAUAAGACAAAAUGGAUAAUACCAUGGAGGAUGACGAUGUUGAUAUGCCGUAUGCGCCGUCGUUGCAGCAAGCUACUGCCUCUCGUUGCCCAUAUACUCAAGCUUCCCGUAAUAGCAUGCACAGGCCCAAUUACCCAGCACUCAUGAAUCCUUGGACAGGCUACCGAGAAGGCUUCAAUAUGCCCACUUCGAUGUAUGGCACUCCCAGUAUGGCCUCAUUUCCUUAUGGCGGUGCAAAUCCAAGCUAUUUAACUACCGGUUAUGCCACACAACAUGCACAGUGGUCUCAGAAUGCGCAUGCUCAGGGCAAUACAUUUUCCAAUAUUCAAGACCCACAACAUCAAAAUCUAGAGCCGUCGGGUAGUAGUAGACCGUUCCCUCCUAUGUCAGUCCCCGCCGAUUACCACUCCUGGCCGGGUCUUUGGCCGAAUGAACCUCGCCCUAUGCCCGUGUUCGCCGAAGAAAACACUAUAGCGGACAAUAAUAAUAACCCCCAAGGAAUGACCUAUACGGGAAACAGCGUGGCAGGCGUUUCAAGAGAACAAGGUAACUUGCCAUUUCGAUUGACCUGUUGAUUUCAUUUACAGAUUAUUACCGCCUCCAAGCCUUUUUGCUUUUCAUGAGGUUGUAGAACCACUUAAUUGCUGACAUUCUGGGAAUAGUUCAACAGCGACGACGCGAGCGAGAGAGUCAGGAUCUAUAUACUUCCCCGGCUGCUAAUUCAGAAGCUUGUGAGUACACACUCACUUCUAUAUCGGAACAGCUUGAGAACUUAUUGCAGUCGUUUCAACCAGCUCUGCCUGCCAUUUCUUUUGUCAAUAUUUUCCUACUUUAGAAAUCAUACAAGGCAAAUCCGGAGGAGGCGAAGACCGUUCGCUAACGAGAGUUUUAGUUGGAAAUGCGUCUUUACAUACUACAGUUCCUGCCAGCACUUCUGAAUGGGAUCAGCCGACAGCCAGGCAAGCACGGCGUUUGGCUGAGGUUCAACGCAGAGCAACUUUAGCUCGUGCCAGUUAUGGUGCCAGGUAUGCCAACAGAGAUCCUCUGAAUAGAGAUUCGGAUACCGAUGAAGAAGACCUUGAAUAUAGCGAUGAUGAUGAUAACCUGGAAGCAAUACUUGGAUAUUCUCAAAUCAUUAAUAUGACGAAUGGGGGCGGCACCUUGGCUGCCGUUUUACGUGGCCGUGGUGGGGCGGCUGGUAAAAGAAUGCCAUCCAAGGAGUUUUUGCUCUCACUCGAGACUCUGAAUCCCAGUGAUUUGUCGGAAGAAGAUCGAAGUAAGUCCAGUCCAAAGUAUCGUCACCUUUUUCUGACCACAUCUAGGUUGUAUAAUUUGCUACAACGAAUUUGGCGUAAAGAAUCCCGAAGGCGUGAGCGAACAGCCAUUACGUUUACCGAAAUGUAGACAUAUAUUUGGAGCUAUAUGUAUCAAAAAAUGGUUUAAGGAGAAUGACAGUUGCCCGUAUUGCCGGGAUAAAGUUCCAUCGGAAUCUGCUGCGGCGAAGAUAAUAGUGAGGCAUGCUCGUCAGCUGAUGCGGGAUCAAAGGGAUCAAAGGGAUCAAAUGCGAAACCGUCUGAGUGCAACAGCCCGUUCAACUGAAGCCGGUCACCUCAAUCCGAGGUACGCUCCUGUGAAUUCUUCUCUGAAAAUUAGCUAACGUGCUAGAAGCGCACUCAAUUCACAGGAAUCUCAAAGCAUGACCUCGGGCGAUCGCACACCACCAGUCUGGUCAAGACCAUCGACGACCGAGACAGUAGAAAGCCGACGUCGCGUGUCCCGAGGAAGAACUGGGAGCCAUAGAGCAGCGCAUCUAUCGACGCGUCCGAACCCGAUGACUUCUGCAAGACUUUACACCCCCACUUCACCUUCACAAUUGCAAAAUGAAGUCAGCCCUCAAACACAUCUACGGCAUAAUUCGAAUGCGGAAGGUGUAUCACCUGCAAUAGCUGUCGGGUCGCCUACAAAUAGCAGAGAUCACCAGCCGACACCUCUUUCAGUUAACUCGUUGGGGAACUCGGCAAACUCGAAUUCUUACAUGGGCCCGAACUCAUCGCGGGCAACUUCGUCAAUCUCGAAUAGCUAUAUGCCUCCAUUUGCACCCUCUUACUCCCAAACUAGCCCGAUCGCGUUCGGAUCGAUGAGAACUCCCACAUUCGAUCCAACCCAAAACGAGAAUGCGGUUCACCAUUACAAUUUUCAACCUCAGAUUCCUCAACAGGACGAUUCUACUGUCUUUCAAAGCCAGCAGCAAACUCUGCAGCAGUACCGGCAGCAAGUUUUUGAUCAGCAAGCUCAUCAACAACGAGAAAUUGAACAGCACAGAGAGAGGGAAAUGAGAGAAGUGGAGCGGCGUGCCAAUGAACAGCAGUUUCAUUCGCAUGGGAACAUGGGAGAUUAUUAAAGAACACUUUCCAUAAAACAAAAUACUUUUGGAAGUACCUCAAAUUGCUAACACAACUUUCGAUUUAUUCGAACUCUUUUUAUUGACUCUCUUAACCUCUUAUCCAUGCGCACAUGGCAAUCAAUUGGGAUAUUUGGACCUGGCAGGCAAGGCGUACUGGCGAGGUAGGAGUUUCAGGUUUUUGUACCAUUUUGAAUGGGGAAUCUCUUGUGUGCCGGUGGUUCUGUGCAUAUUUUCCCAUGCUUUGCUGGAGGAUUGGUUGAAAUGAUGAUGGUGAUUGCGGUGGUGGUGAUGAUAAUGAUCUUCCACUUUUUGUUCAAGCCAGCGUUAAUGAGUAUCCAGCGUUGAUGAGUAUCAAGUGGCCAGCAAUAAAAAUAUCGGGAUAACUUCUUGGGCUGAUACUCCGUGGAUGAGUGGUGAAAAAAAAAAAGUGUUAGUGAUCGCCGCUGCUAUGAUAUUAAAUUUUGCAUACGUCCGAGUUGACAGUAUCACUGAGGUGUUUGUUUUAUUCGAUACAAAUUUAUAAUUGUGAUUUCUGCAUGAA